CGACGGAGAUGUCGGGAAGCCCACUACUGAGGAGGGCGCAGGUGUACACUGCACCGUGGUUAGGAGGCACCGCGGGGAUGCGGGGCGCCGGGAGGGGACGAAGCACGACGCUGGCCGGAAAGGUCAGCGUAGUGGCGGUCAAGAGCGGUGGUGUAUUGGCACCGCGAGGAGGUAUGACCGCCAUGACGGCAUCGCAAACACCCACGUCGGCCCAUAAUAGCCGCGUGCUCCUCAGCGGAAAGAACACCGCGAGGAGGAAUAAAGUCGUGAGGGAGGUCCUGCUGAGGGACCUCGGGGGGCGACGCGCCAGCGUGACCAGGGCGGUUGCGUGCCCGGGAAAGGGUGGAAAGGAUAAGCGGGAGGCGCUCAGCCAUAGGGAGAGUAGGGUCCUCCAGGUGGUGUUGGACGACAUCGCCGAGGUCGAGGUCAUCGCUAUGAUCACCCUCUGGCGACAGCGGGGCACCAGCGUCCUGCUCACCAUACUCGAGCGCGCUGAAGCGGCGCGAGACGUGGCGGCCCUGCUGCGCGGAACGGCGGGGGCGACCGCGGAAAGGGGAACGACGCAGGGAAGUGUCGUGAGAGGAGGAGGAGGCGUAGCCCAUGUGCUGAGGCUAGGAGGAGGAGGAGGGGUGAAGACGGGAUCACAUCCGCUGAUGGUCCCUGGCGGCCUCGUAAGCCUGCGGGGUCGAUGUGAACUCGUACUGCCAUAGCUCGGAGCGGUACUCAAACGGAAGGCUGGCCAAGAAACG